ACAGCUUUCUUGAAAACCCCCAACUACCGAAAUACCCACAACACAGCCUUCAAGAAGAGAAACAAGACGUUUAAAAGGAUCACUUCCGGGUCAUCGUCACUUUAAAAAUAUAUUUUUAAAAUAUUUUGAGGAAGUUCAGCAAGAUGGCUGUUCAGUGCUGGUCAGAUCUCCUGAAGGCUGCUAAGAAAACGGCGUUGAUCUCAGAUGGAAAAAGGAAAGUGCACUACUUGUUUACAGAUGGUACUGAGAUGGCUGAAGAAUAUGACAUGAAGACAGAUGAACUUCUCUCACGUAGGUUGCGCUCUAAGACCAGACUUGGAGGACAAGGAGUGUGGCAGGUGGAAGUGGGUGAAACGGGAUCGAACCUCACAGAGACAGGAGAAAUAAAAGAGAACAGCUCGAAUCCAGUGUUUAUGCGCAAGGACACCAAGACCAGUUUCCAGUGGAGGGUCCGUAACAUCCCGUACCCCGUAGACACCUAUAAGAUCACGGUGGAACCUCUGGAACGCUGCUGUAUCAUCCGGACAACAAACAAAAAGUACUAUAAGAAGUUCAAUCUUCCAGAUCUUGACCGUUGCCAGCUGCCUCUAGAGAGCUCGGUUUUGAGCUUCAGCCACGCCAACAACACUUUAAUCAUCAGCUAUAAGAAGCCCAAAGAGAUUUUGGGCCUGGAACAGGAGCUGAUGAGGGAACUGAAGAAACUGAAGGGGACAAAUGAAGGAGACGUGGACUGUAAAACCCAGUGAACUGGUGUGGACUGUCUGUAGCGUUAUGUGCAUCUGUCUGUAGCGCCUUUUUUUUUUUUUGAAGGGUUUGUGCUUUUUGUUGCCCGUACGAAGCUGCAUUUUGUACAUUGAGCACGAAGUAUGAAAGCACCUGGCUGUAUAUAGAUGUUUUGGUUAUUUCCAAAGUGCAGUUAUUUUGAAGUGAAUGUGAAUUUUAUCUCAUCAAUAAAGUACAGCAUGUAUAGAAUUAUAGUUCAGUUCUUUAUGCCAUGUGACAUAUGUUUUGUGUAAUGCUACUCCCUUAAGCUGUAUUACAUUGUCAGUGUCCUUGUUUUCUCCACCAUGGAUGCCCAAUAAAAGUGCCUGUGUAUUGUGUUGUCACUCAGGUUACGUUAGCUAAAUUUAUGCCAAAUCCAAGGCCUAGAAGAGUGCCUCUGUGGGAUUCUUAAAGAACAAAUAAACAUUAAAAGUAACAUCUUCAGUAGCGUCUAUGAUUUAUUUUAUAAUACAAUUUUGUAAUAAACUUUUUUUAGUUUAUCUUCUUUCAUAGAAAUUUUCAUUUUGGUUAACAGUUUCCUACUUGACCCACAUGCCUUUUCACAACCUGCUGAUAGUGGCGCUGGUGGGAAUUACCUCUUGCUUCAUCUCUGCCUAAAGUCUCUUAUGUUUAAGAUUUGUUUAACAUUUUUUCUCCUAUUAAACACCACUGUAACUGCUAGGAAUGUUCCUGUGGAACAUUCCUUUCUUACAGGAAUAAUAAAAAUACAGCAUCAACCAACAAAAUUAGCAGCAGAAUUAUUAAGUACAUCAGAAAUAUUUCAAUAUAAUCAUAUUUAAUCUGUUUCAGGGAGGCUGCUUCCUUUAAGCAAGAUGACCUACAGUGCAUGUUUGUAAACAGGUUUGAAUAAAGAAAAACUUCUGACAAAUAAAUAAAUGUCAGUUUAGCCCUGUG